CAGUACAGGAAAUCAUGUGCCAAGGACAGAAAGCUGUUCACCUCUGCUCCCCAGGGUCCACAGCCUGUCUGAGUCCUGAGGAUCUGAACUCUGGUCCUGUGAAACUCUACCUUCCUGCACUCCUGUGAGGUCCACCUCAACAGAGCAGCUCUUGAGAAGAUCUCCAGCACAUGCUCAAGUUUCAGAAGCCUGAAAAAGCCCAGAAGAGAAAGUGUUCUUGAGAAAAUACAGUUCCGGUUAUGUCACCUUUUUCAUGGACUCUUCUAUUGCACCUAAUGCUUAUAUAGCCUUGCUACUUGAAGCCCCUUUAUGUCUCUAUUAGUGACAACAACUUGUAGCAACAGAGAUGAUGUUAACCUGCAGGAGAAGUUUCUAAUGAUCAGCCACAGACUACGGAAUGUUCUGUAGAUGAAGUCUGGCUAUACCUGGUCAGUGUAGUCUGAGCCAACUUCUACUGAAUUGGGUCAAGCUAGCCAGAUCUUCUUUAGAACCUUCAUCCACUAUUUCCUUGAGCAAAGUAACUCAGACUUGAAGAAAUGAAAUCCCCAAGGGAAAACGCAUUAUGCCUUAUGCUUGCUCUGAUUUCCUCUUCCCAAGUGACACUGAAUUUGAAUUUAGAGCCUAUUGUUCAUCCCUUGAUCCUUCAUGAGCAUGAACUAGCAGGGGAGCAGUCACUGAGGCCAAAACGAGAGGUUGCUAUGGGCAGUCCUGUAGCUACAUACUACACUGUUGAUGUUGAGAUAACAUUUGAAAAUGCUUCCUUCCUGGAUCCUGCCAAAGCUUACCUGAACACCCUCGGAUUUCCAAUUCAAGGCAAUGACACAGACCCAGUUUCUGACAUUUUGAGCCUAGAGGUUACAACCGUUUGCCAACCUGCUGGAAGUGAGCUCUGGUGUUCCUGUGAAACAGGCUACUGGUGGCCUCAGGCAAGUUGCCUUCACAGUCUCACUUGUCGCGAGAAUGAUGGCAGCCCUGCACGGAAUCAUUGCACUUGUCUAAAAGAACCUCCAAAGGGACAUUUUUGCCAACUCCAAGGAAAUGUUACCCUAAAGAUGUCAGUCAGACUCAAUGUGGGCUUUCAAGAAGACCUCAACAAUGCUUCAUCUGCCCUGUACAUGUCCUACAAGAACGACUUGGAAGCAGCAUUCUGGAAAGGUUACCGGAUUUUACCAGGCUUCACAUUCGUGACUGUGACAGGAUUCAGUCCCGGAAGUGUGAAGGUGUCCUAUGAAGUUACCACGACAAUGCCGUCAUCCCGGCUCAUGCAGAAAGCAAACGAGCAAGUCACACAGAGCCUCAAUCAGACCUAUAGAAUCGACGACACUUCCUUUCAAGCUAUCAAUAGCAAUGAAACGAAGUUCACCGUCACACCUGAAAUCAUCUUUGAGGGGGAUACAGUAACGCUCCUGUGUGAAAACGAAGUUUACUCUUCUAAUGUGUCCUGGUACCAUGAUCAGGAGAACCUGGAGAUCAAGAAUAGCAGCAGAUUUUUUAUUUCCACUUCUUUGCACAACAACAUUACCUCGGAGUCUCGGCUCACUAUUUACAACAUCACUGAGAGUGAUGCAGGAGACUACCUUUGUAAGCUAUCAAUGGAUAUUUUUGAAUACACAUCCAGAAGAAAAAUAGACGUCUUACCUAUCCGCAUUCUGGCAAAAGAAGAAGUGAGGGUGAUGUGUGACAACAUUCCUACGUCUCUAAACUGCUGCAGUGAAAUCAAUACUAAUUGGAGUAAAAUAGAAUGGCAUCAGGAAGGGGUAGUCAGUAUCCCAGGAGUCACUGAAAUGGACCCAGAGUCUAACUGCAGCAGAUACAUCCUCAGAGCAGAUGGAACUCAGUGUCCAAAUGGGUCAUCUGAGAUAAGUGUUACUUACACGUGUGAAUUCAUCAGCACCUACGGAGCUAGAGGCAGUAAGAACAUACAAGUGACAUUUACAUCUGUAGGAGAUAAUUCCAGCCACAAAGCUGAAGUGGACGAGGUCCUCAGUCACGGGACGGAAGUGAGUUCAGUACAGACCACCACCUGGAACAGCCUAGAAACCAGUAAAGCCCAGGAGCAGCAAGCCAACCUAACAAUAACCACGGACCCAAUUUCUGUUUCUGAGGGACAAACUUUUUCUAUAAAGUGCAUCAGUGAUAUGAGUGUCUUUAAUGAGGUGUACUGGAACACUUCUUCAGGAAUCAAAAUAUACGAGAGGUUUUAUACCACAAGGAAGGAUCCUGGUGGUGGAGGAGAGUCAGUACUGACUGUCAACACCGCAACCCGAGAGUGGAAUGGCACCUAUCACUGCAUAUUCCGAUACUCUGAUUCAUACAGUAUUGGGACCAGAGAAGUGAUCAUUCAUCCGCUGCCUCUGGAGUCCAACAUCAUGGUUGACCCUCUGGAAGCGACAGUGUUGUGCACAGGCUCCCAUCUCUUGAAAUGCUGUGUAGGAGAGGAUGAAAACUACAAAGUUGCUUUCCAAAUAGAUUCUUUGUACUUCCCUGCUGAAAAAAAAGUCGAUGGGAAGCAAGUAUGCUACAGUCACCAUUUCAUGGCGAGCCUCAUUUCCCGGUGCCCAAAAGAUGUUGAUGCAUUUUGCCACUUUACUAAUGCUGCAAAUGAUUCAGUCCGGGGCCCUUUGAUGAAGCUUAACCUUGUUCCUGGCAAGAACAUCACAUGCCAAGACCCCUUACUCGGUGUGGGGGAGCCAGACAAAGUCAUCAAGAAACUGUGUCAGUUCUCGAAAUUUCCUGAAGCUCCUGAAGAUGCUGUAGGUGGAAUCAAGACUUACAAAUGUGUAGGAUCCCAGUGGAAGAUGACAAAGAACAACUGCAUCUUGGCCCCCAUAAAUAAUCUACUCCGACAGGCCAAGGCUUUGGUCAAGAGCCCCUCCCAGGAUGAAAAGCUACCUACAUACCUACAGGAACUGUCAGUCAACACAGGCAAGGUGGCACAUGAAGUUAGCUCAUCUCCUGGAAGUCUGAGAGCUAUUGUUAACAUCCUUGAUUUGCUCUCAACAGUUCCAACUCAAAUAAGCUCUGAAACCAUGGAGAACAUUCUCUCUACGGUUGACAUCAUCCUUGGAAAGCCCGUUUUAAGUUCCUGGAAGCAGCUGCAACAGCAACAGGCCAAUCAGAGCUCACAGUUACUGGAUGCAGUGGAGAGAUUUUCCCGAGUCUUACAGUCAGAAGGCGGCACCGCUCUGUUCUUCUCUAGAACUAACGUGCAGAUGAGGAGCAUUGUAGUAAAAUCUGGCCCCAGGCCCUACAAAGAGAGAUUCAUUUUCUCAGACUCUGACCUCUGGGGCAAUGUGGCCAUUGAUGAAUAUCAACUGGAAAGCCUGCAGCCAAAUACAUCCAUUGUCACUCUGGCUUUCCCAAAUCUCAAAACCAUCCUUGCCCAGGACAUUCAGACAGAAAAUUUUGUGAACAGUUUAGUGAUGACCACCACCGUCAGUCACAAUCUAGUCAAGCCAUUCCAGAUCUCAAUGACUUUUCAGAACAACAUCCCUCCCGGUGGGGUGCCGGUGUGUGUCUUCUGGAACUUUCACCUUGCCAACCACACAGGAGGGUGGGACCAAAGUGGCUGUUACGUGAAAGAAUUCAGUGACGAGAGCGUCUCCUGCAGCUGUGACCAUCUGACAUCAUUCUCCAUCCUCAUGUCUCCUGACUCUCCAGACCCUGACUCCCUCCUGAAAAUACUACUGGACAUCAUUUCCUACAUUGGGCUGUGUUUCUCUGUCUUGAGCUUAGCAGCCUGCCUGGUCGUGGAAGGUAUGGUAUGGAAAUCAGUGACCAAGAAUCGAACUUCCUACAUGCGUCACAUCUGUAUCGUAAAUAUCGCCGCCUCCCUCCUGGUGGCCGACAUCUGGUUCAUUGUGGCGGCCGCUAUCCACGACCAUCACUUCCCACUUAACCAGACGGCUUGCGUGGCUGCCACCUUCUUCAUCCACUUCUUCUACCUCAGCGUCUUUUUCUGGAUGCUGACGCUGGGCCUCAUGCUUUUUUACCGCCUGGUUUUCAUCCUGCAUGACACCAGCAAGUCCAGUCAGAAGGUGAUUGCGUUCUCUCUGGGCUACGGCUGCCCCCUCGUGAUCUCCAGCAUCACGGUGGGUGCCACACAGCCCCAGGAAGUCUACACGAGAAAGAACGCCUGUUGGCUCAACUGGGAGGACACCAAGGCACUGCUGGCCUUUGUGAUCCCAGCCCUGAUCAUUGUGGUGGUGAAUGUGACCAUCACAGUUGUGGUCAUCACUAAGAUCCUGAGACCGUCCAUUGGAGAUAAGCCCAGCAAGCAGGAGAAAAGCAGCCUUUUUCAGAUCAGCAAGAGUAUCGGUGUCCUCACACCCCUCCUGGGACUCACAUGGGGUUUUGGUCUCGCCACCGUGUUCCAGGGAAGCAAUGCCGUGUUCCAUAUUGUAUUUACCCUCCUGAAUGCUUUCCAGGGCUUGUUCAUUUUGCUGUUUGGAUGUCUCUGGGAUCAGAAGGUUCACGAAGCUUUGCUGAAUAAAUUUUCACGGUCAAGGUGGUCCUCACAGCACUCAAAGUCAACAUCCCUAGGCUCAUCUGCACCUGUAUUUUCUAUGAGUUCCCCAAUAUCAAGAAGAUUUAACAAUUUGUUUGGUAAAACAGGAACCUACAAUGUUUCCACACCAGAAAUAACCAGCUCAUCCCUGGAGAACACGUCCAGUGCUUAUUCAUUGCUCAAAUAAGAACAGGAACCUUCAACCCAUCACCUUCUGGGAACACUGGGCAUGCUCUGAAAAAAAAAAAAAAAGAGAGAGAGAGAGAUCCUUUCAAAGCUAUGGGUAAAAUGUAUUCUCAGCAGGCUUCUGAGAGCAGAUGCUGAAAAGACUCUUUGGUUUUUACUUUUAUGGAAGAAGAUUUCUUUUGUAAAGAUAGACAAAAGUAGCUGAUCUUUGCAUCCCCAACCUUACCCCUGUAUAACACAAGAUGUGUACAGUAUUUAAGUGACGUUCAUGUCCCCUAAGGCCUAACUUUUUUUGUCUAUAUUGUAAAAUAGAUCUCAAACAUAUAUUCACUUUCCACGCGUUGGGCUCAAAAAUAACCUGUGAUUGAAAAAAUAAUCAAAAGGAAAAGGUUAGUAUUGAGAAAAUACCUGAGUGAAUUCUAGAAAGGAAAAAAAGAAGGAAGAGAAGGAGGACAGAAACAAAGAAGGCUACAAGAAUAAAAGUAACAUUUAGAAUAUUUCAACGUUAAUGAUUUAAUAUAAUCACUCAGACACUUUCAUGUUGAAAAUCAUAAAAACACUCAAAUUUGAAAAUGAUCCACAGGGAAUGUUUGACAUCUUCCUAGAACUUUCCUGGUCAAGAGAGAGAAGAAAUUGCUGUGGAAAAACCUACAGAGGAAUUGCAGUGAUCAUGAUGCUUUCAAGUGGCUAAUAUUUACCAGAAAAUGCAAAGAAGGAAAUAUAAUCUUCCUGAUACAAUUUGCGCACACACACACACACACACACACACACACACACACACACACACACACACACACACCAGAUAUCUGACUAAGUGAUGGAGUGCCUGCUUCAUAUGUGUGAGGUCUCACGUGUGCACACACACACAGGCACAUACAAAGCCUGUGUAUAACUUCAUACGUUAAGAUUUGAAAAAAAAAGAUUUGAGCUAAGUGGAGGGAGGGAGCAUGCAGCAGGAGUAUGAUAACCUUCCUUAUCAGAUGCAACUGCAUUGCAGUAGGAUUUAUCAGAAAAGCUAUUUACUUUGGAUGGUUCCACAUCUUUAAAGCAUAGAUAUAUUCACACCCCUUAAUUGCCAAAUUUGAUACACUGCACUGAAAAAUAGAACCUCCCAGCCAGGGAUUAUACACUAUACUUAACAGCUUUACCCAGGUACUUCUCUGCAUUAGAGUUUAAUGGCCUUGUAAUCUUAUAUUAUCAUUGUUACUGUUGUUGCUGUUGAUUUGUUUAGAACUCUGUAAAUAUUAGUUCUUUCAGGCCUCAAGUUCUGGGAUCAAUAUACAUUAAGAGUUUUGGAUGGUCCAGUUGUGUCAUUUGAAAUACUUGGAAUUCUUCUAGAAAGCAGUUUUAUAGAUGUCCAAUCUCUACUUCUAGUGACAUUUUACUUUGAUGAGGAGAUGGUGAAGGAUUUGAUUGUUGGCGAAAUGUGUGCCUCUGUGUGUGUGUGUGUGUGUGUGUUUCAUAAAAUACAAGUAUUUAUUCAUUUCAUCAAUAUUAAGUUAAUCAUGUGCUGUAGCAAAAGCAACUGUACACUUCAAAUCAAAGUUUGGGUCCAAGGAGGCGAUGAGGCAGAACAACAAAGUAGGACCCCCCCUCAGGAAACAUGACCUCCAUGGUCUUAAUAAGAACUGAAAGUCUGAAGAUGAGUGUAGGGACACAGAAAGACAGACCAAAUGGGCAAAGGGUCAGCAGGCUUUUGUCUACAGAUAUUUGGAAGAAUUUUCUCUCAGUAUUUUGACUCUUCCAAAACUCUUGUUUUUCCUGUAAUUCUAAAUUCAACUUGGGCUUCUCUUUUCUUCAUGGAGAGAGGGGAGGUAAGACAGAAGUCCGACAAAUGUUUAAAGUAAAUAAGCUCUCCUGCUGCAGAUUCAUAAAUUCUGGAGCUGUCUACUCCCAUGUUGGCUUGCAAAUCAUCGUAGCAUCACCCUGACUAGGCAGUUUGUUAUUGGAAGUCCCUAGAGGAAAUGAUUUCUGAACUGUAAAGUUCUUGAGGAUGAUGUACUUCAGGGAGACCUGAGCAGUAAGAAGACAAACACAGAGAUGAGACUGGAGGAUUUUCUGAAUGAAUGGAGAGUAGUGGGAGCCUGGUGAGGUUAGAAAUCCAGAAUGGGGGGGGGAGGUAGUGGCACCCUGGAUCAAGCACACACAGUACGGAGCACAAGGACCAGCACAAAGAUCCCAGCUCAAGCCGCUGGCCCCCCACCUGUGUGUGUGUGGGGGGGGGUUGCUUUGCAAGUGGUAAAUCAGAUCUUCAGGUGUUUCUCUCCCUCUUUAUUUCUCCCACCUAUCUCAUUUUUUCUCUGUCCUAUCCAGCAACAACAACAGCAACAGCAACAACAGCAGCAAUGAGAAAAAGAUGUCCACCAUGAGCAGUUGAUUAGUAGUGCAGGCACCGGAAGUCGGGCAAUAGUGCAGCGGGUUAAGCGCAGGUGGCGCAAAGCACAAGGACCGGCAUAAGGAUCCCGGUUCGAACCCCGGCUCCCCACCUGCAGGGGAGUUGCUUCACAGGCGGUGAAGCAGGUCUGCAGGUGUCUGUCUUUCUCUCCCCCUCUCUGUCUUCCCCUCCUCUCUCCAUUUCUCUCUGUCUUAUGCAACAAUGACAACAUCAAUAAUAACUACAACAAUAAAACAACAGAGGCAACAAAAGGGAAUAAAUAAAUAAAAUAAAUAUUUAAAAAAAAAAAGAAAAAAAAGUAGUGCAGGCACCAAGCCCCAGAGAUAACCCUGAAGGACAAAAGAAAAAAAUGAAAUCCAAGAAUGACUUUGAAUGACUGGAUUUUUGGAAUUAAACCCAGGAGAGUUGUGGAAGCAUUACAGGGCAAUAUUAGUGUAAACUUCCUACCAGGAUCAGCCAAGGAAAGGAGUGCACUCUAGAGGUGGUUCUUAGGUGCUAAAACACAAAGGGUCAAGAAACACUGAUACUCCGCCUAUUUCCAUUGGUAGAAUCCAUCAGGUGUCACCAUGCUUGCCUUCUCCAGAAAACCUUGUUACUUCAGAAACUUGAGUGGAGUUACACAGGAUUUAUAUCAGCCCUACUGAGAUUGAUGCCCAAUGUCCUGGCACACACACACACACACACACACACACACACACACACACACACACACACUAUGCAUGUGUGUGUUUAUAUGUAUACCAUUUAAGUGGUAACCUUGAAUCCAAAUUCAGGGAAAGCUAUGCAAAUACACACACACACACACACACACACAUGCACACACACACAUGUUGGAAAAUUGUGCAGAUUCGGUCACAUCCACCAUGUUGUUCCCUCAGGAUAUUGUCAAUUUCCGCGGGAGUUGAAACUUUAUUCCCAGAGUGCCGUUUCCUAGACAAUCCCAUCCCGACUUGCCACUUCCAGAAUUUCUCCCAUAAAAGCCCUUCUGCUUCCACCCCUCCCCCUCUUUAUGCCUUUUCACCUCUGUGACCGGACACAGAGAAGGGUUGCUGCGCAUAGCAGGAGGCAGCCAUUUUGCUAGCUCCACGUGGCCCUAACCGCUGCGCUCUCACCCAACUCUGAGGUGCCCCCGUGAAUAAAGAUUUGUGUUCCCCCUCUGCUCUGAUCUCUUCUUUCUCCCCCACAGCGCAGCCCAACACACACACAUUAGAAAAGGAUUUUUUCUGUCCAACUGCAAGAUAGUUCAGCCUUUGCUCAUUGCCAAAAAUACAACAAAAUAAGAAAUAGACUUCAAAUUGUCUAUGAGAGAAAUUCAUGAAAUGAUAUGCAUACAGGGGUUAUGGUGACCUUAACAUUUACCAGUUUUCAAUCUGCACUGAUUACAAAGUUAUUGGAAGCAGAUUUGCAAAGGGAGAAAUAAGAGGAGAAAGGAUGAACAUUAGCUCUGUAUGUUGGUACAAGUGUGAUAGUCGUCACGUGUACAGUGUCUAAUACUACUGGUUCUGUGUCUCUGUGAGUAACAGCUCACUCCAUGGACCAAAAUUUUUUUCUAUAGAGGACCAUCAGUUAAAUCAUUUUAUUACAGAGGGGUCUGAGUUACUACUUCACAGUUUACAAGGAUGGGAUAUUCAUAAAUGAGCAAUUAAUAUAAACUGCUGAGAUAGUCUACAAUGUUGUGAGUGAUGUCUCUAUUAUGCCUUUUUGGUUUAUAAUGAAAAAGAGACAUACAAAGGUGAAUGGAGGUUACCAGGAUGUAAGUAGAUUAAGCCAGAAAUUCAGAAAGAGUGUGGGAAGUUGUUACUUCUUGUGGUUUCUGUAAAGCACCUCAGAGAGAGUUGUAUUAGAACACUUUGAAAUGUAUGCUGAGUAGAACUAUAGAAGGUUGGGCAGAGUAGGGAUUAUGCUGAGGUGAACAGAGUAGAAAGUCACAGAAAUUUGAGAAAAGUAACUAAGUCAUAGCAAAUAGUGUGGUCACAGAAUUGCCAUGUUGGUGGAAUCGUUGGAUGUGUGUGUGUGUGUGUGUGUAUGUGUGUGUGUGUGUGUGUGUGUGUGUGUGUUGAGGUCAAGUGGAGUCUUCUUCAGGGACUCAACAGAAGUCGAAUCCCCUGAAGAUGCAGAAAAUACAACUUUCUUAAUGCAUUUUUAAGAAGUCAGUGAAAAUACUGUCUCAUCAUUUCAAAGUUGUUAGUUUUGAUAUUAGGUGCUACCGUUUUCUAAAAUGAUAACUUGGGAUUUUAAGUCAUGUCUUCAUAGUGUGACAGCAUGUAACUAUUUCCUUCCUGUGCUUAUUACAAUAAAAUAUCUCAUGAAAUCUCA